AUAACAGCCUGGUGCACAGGGAUAUAAUGGGGAGCUCCCAAGGCAGGGACCCUAUGUCUCCUUGACCACGGCACCAUGGCCUUCCUCUGGCUCCUCUCCUGCUGCGCCCUCCUGGGCACAGCCUUUGGCUGCGGGGUCCCCGCCAUCCAACCUGUGCUGAGUGGCCUGUCCAGGAUCGUCAAUGGAGAGGACGCUGUCCCGGGCUCCUGGCCCUGGCAGGUGUCCCUGCAGGACAGCACCGGCUUCCACUUCUGCGGGGGCUCCCUCAUCAGCGAGGACUGGGUGGUCACUGCUGCCCACUGUGGUGUCAGAACCACCCACCGGGUCGUGGCCGGAGAGUUUGACCAGGGCUCAGAUGCUGAGGACAUCCAGGUGCUGAAGAUUGCCAAGGUUUUCAAGAACCCCAAGUUCAACAUGUUCACCAUCAACAAUGACAUUACCCUGCUGAAGCUGGCCACGCCUGCCCGCCUCUCCCAGACUGUGUCCCCUGUGUGCCUGCCCAAUGCCAAGGACAGCUUUCCCGCUGGGACCCUGUGUGCAACCACGGGCUGGGGCCUGACCAAACACACCAAUGCCCAAACCCCUGACAGGCUGCAGCAGGCGGUCCUGCCCCUCCUGUCCAACACCGAAUGCCAGAAGUUCUGGGGCAGCAAGAUCACCAAUCUCAUGGUCUGCGCUGGGGCUAGCGGCGUUUCCUCCUGCAUGGGCGACUCUGGCGGCCCCCUGGUCUGCCAGAAGGAUGGAGCCUGGACCCUGGUGGGCAUCGUGUCCUGGGGCAGCAACACCUGCUCCACCUCUAGGCCCGGCGUGUACGCCCGCGUCACCGAGCUCAUGCCUUGGGUACAGCAGAUCCUGGAAGCCAACUGAGCCGUCAGCCCCACCGUGACCUCCCUGCUGACCUGCUCCCACAGAGUCAAUAAACCAAUAAAAGACACACUGAUGAUGGUGUCUCCU